AUGGCCAGCAACCAGAGCCUCUCAUUGUCCCUGUGGGCUGCUCUAGCCCUGACGCUGGUCAUCGCUGCAUGUCCUGUAACCAGUACUAAUCCUGAGGCCAACCAGAAGGCAGUGGGAGGCGUGGAGCCUGCUGACCCGAACGAUGAGGAGGUGCAGAAAGCAGUGGACUUUGCUGUUGAAACCUACAAUGAUUUGACCAAUGACGCAUACUUUAGCAAGCCAAUACAAUUGAUUAGCGCCGGUCAGCAGGUCGUGUAUGGAAAGAACUUCUACUUGAAAAUAAAGUUAGGACGAACCACAUGUCCCAAAGGCCAGUCUGUUGAUUUGGAUGAUUGCCCCUUCAAUGAACUGCCAGAGCAGCAGGAGAGAACUAUAUGCAAUUUCGAGAUCAACACUGUGCCCUGGGAGAAAAAGAUCUCCAUGACAAACUUCAGCUGUCACAGUCCCUGA